CCAGCCACGCAGCCUUAGGAGGAUGAGAGGGAGUCCUGGACGGGUCUCUCUGGCCAGAGCCCUCAGCCACCUGUCUGUCUUUCUUGUUCUUUCUCCCCUUCUUCUUAUACUUAUUUUCUUCUCCCUGUCUCCCUCCCUAGUCCCCCACGGCCAUGUCCGAAGAGUGCUGGCGACCUGCAGCCCUGGCGGCGGAAAGAACGCUUGAAGGCCUGGGAGACGGGGGCCUGGUGAUUCCCGAGGCCUCCGCGGAGGAAAAGGCCGCCACAGAGGAAGAGCCCUGCUCUUCCUCAGCUCUGCUGUCGCUGUCUUCCUCGUCCCUGCAGUCCAUGGGCUCUACCCCCGAGGAGGUCUACUUGGUCAACCAGGUGAUUCCCCAGGCCGCCAUGGAGGAAGAGCCCUGCUCUUCCUCGUCUCUGCCUUCCGGGCCGUCCUGCUUCCUCCGCCAGGUGAUUCUUAAGACCGCAGCGGAAGAAGAUCCCUGCUCUUCCUCGGCUCUGCUGUCUUCUGGGGCGCCCUGCUUCCUCCCCCAAAUGAGUCAGGAGACCACUGGGGAGGAAAAGCCCUGCUCUUCCUCGGCUCUGCCUUCCGGGCCUUCCUGCUUGCCCCGCCAGGUGAUUCCCAAGACCACAGCAGAAGAAGAUCCCUGCUCUUCCUCGGCUCUGCUGUCUUCUGGGGCGCCCUGCUUCCUCCCCCAAAUGAGUCAGAAGACCACCGGGGAGGAAGAACCCUGCUCUUCCUCAGCUCUGCUGUCGCUGUCCUCCUCGUCCCUGCAGUCCAUGGCCUCUACCCCCGGCUACCUCCGGGCCAAGUGCGUGUGCAGCGGCUGCCGCCUGGAGAUCCUGGACAAAUACCUACUCAAGGUGAAUGACACGUACUGGCACAUGCAGUGCCUCUGCUGUAGCGUGUGCCAGGCCUCCUUGGGAAAACACGCCACCUGUUUCAUUAAAGAUAACACCAUUUUCUGCAAGAUGGAUUAUCUCAGGAAAUUUGGAACUUGCUGCUGUGGCUGUGGGAGGUUCAUCCGCUCCAGCGAUUGGGUGCAGAAGGCGCGCGGCUAUGUCUACCACUUGGCCUGCUUUGUUUGUUUCUCCUGCAAAAGACAGCUCUGUACCGGAGAUGAGUUUGCUUUGGUGGAAGAAAAAGUCCUCUGUAGGGUCCAUUACGAUGGCUUGAUGGACAGUCUGAAGAGUGAAGCAGAAAAUGGGAACAGAAUUAGUGUGGAAGACGCCCUGCUCUUGGAAGACAUGAAGAACCCGAAACCAGCCAAGAGAGCUCGCACCAACUUCACGGUCGAUCAGCUCCAGAUUAUGCAAGGCCACUAUACGCAGGAAAAUAACCCGAAUGCCCAGGCGCUUCAAAAACUUUCCGAAAGAACUGGUUUGAGCAGAAAAACAGUCCAGAUCUGGUUUCAGAACUGCAGAGCGCGCCAGAAGAAGCUCUUCGGCCGCAAGCGCUCCUCCACCACUCUGAUGAAGGCGUUCCACUCUUCACGGCUGUCUGUCCCCAUGUUAAGACAAAUGCCUUAUCGCAGCGUGUACACGCUCCAGGAAAGGACGACGAUGAUGGCCCUGCACGGCUACAGCGCUGACCCGCCGACACCGCUGGGACUCCGGACCUUAAUGUUACCGCGCUUCAUGCCGCAGCUGCCCACACGUCGCUACCGCUAACUCUUUCGGUUCAAGGCAUCUCGGAGACCUUUUGUUGCCCAGGUACGUUGGGAGAGCUGGCCCGGGAGACACUUGGGUUCCUCCUUUUUCUGAGAUGAGCCUUUGUAUUGUUGAAGUAGUUUGCUCUAGUUGUGUGCUGUUGAUUUAUUCGUCAUGGAACGAGCCCUUUGCCCCCGAGAGGACUGACGAGCGUCCAGAACGUUCAGUCCUUGUGAGCUGGUAGUUUCCCCUCUGUUUGUCUCUAAGUUACUGUCACAAAGUAGGGCUGUAUUCUUGAGUUACCCUUGACUUAUACUUGGGAAGUUUGUAGCUGUGAAUUUGCAACCGAGUUUUCUUUGCCCCCAAGAGAUGAACAGAGCUUGUGUUGCAACCUGCCAGCCCGUGCCCGCCUUCCAUCUGCCCGCCUUCCAUCUGCCCGCCUUCCACAGGGGGCUGUCUGGCUGCAAAUAACUGAGGGGAACACGCCCGCCCACUGACUUUAUUAAUAAAGUUUUCUGUUGUUGUGAAA